UUUUGGUUUAGAUUCAGCACAUUUCUCCUCCAUUAAUGAAAUUACUCACUCUGGUUAAUAUUUUGAAUGAGUCAAGAAUUGGAUGUUUCCCCAAUCCACAUAAUCUAGUUGCCUCUUAAUGUCCGCCUACUUUGGAAGAGGGUAAAGUUACUUGAGGUAUGCUGAGUAUGAUUAUUGAUCUUUACUUGAAGCUUUAUUCCUCUUUCCUUUUCUUGUGUGGUGUUGCAGGAAAGUGCAAUCGUUAUUGCGAAACUCUUGCUUCCUCAAGUAUUUGAAAAAAUGCCAAUGCAAGAGUUGAGAGCCCUUGUAGCAGAAAGGUCAGUGAUGACCACAUACCUCAGGGGAGAAACUAUAGAAAUACCUCAUCAUUCUAUUGGCUUUCUAUUAGAAGGAUUCAUAAAAGCCCAUGGUUUCCAAGAUGAAUUGAUUGCAUCGCCUGCAGUACUUUUGCCUCCACAAGGAAAUCAAAGCUUUCAAAAGAUAGGGAUGUCAGGUGCCCAAGCAGCCAGUUUCUCUCAUCAAGGAUCCCGGUAUCAAGUUGAGGCAAGAGCAAGGGUAAUCAUUUUUGAUAUUGCAGCAUUUGAAGGGGAUGGUGCUUUGAGGAGAGGAUCAUCAUCAUUGGUAUUGGGUGAUCACCCCCACAGAUAUUUCACUAGAGAGCAUGGUGGUCUUAUGAGCUGGCCUGAAAAUUUUUACAAACCAAGGGAACGUGAACAGAACGGUGUAGGGACUAGUCGAUCAGAAAAUAGCUUGUCUGUGAGAGCAAUGCAGCUAAGCAUAUUUGGCAGCAUGGUUGACAUGCGGAGGCAUGCCCACAGCUUUUCUGGUAGCCAAGUCAAGCGAUCACACAGCUUGUCAGUUUUAAGAACCGCAUCGUGCCAGCAAGUUGGUGCCCCAUCAGAAGAAGCUACUUAUGCUAGGAAGAGUCUUGAAGUGAGAAAGUUGAUUGGAAAAACUCAUGCUCCCCCACGGCAGAGUACAGGCACAAAUGAGACUCGUAUCAUUGAUAAUUACAGUGAUGAAUCUGAUGCUGAAGAUGAAUUGGUGGGAAGAAUUGAUUCGCCUCGUACGCUGUCGUUCCAUCAUGCUUCUUAGUUUGCCUUGUCUGCCAUUUCUGUUGUAAUUGUUUAAAUUAUGUGACUUUUGGGUUUUUUAUUUUAUUUUAUUUUAUUUUAAGUGUUUUGCAUACAAGGAACCGUUGUAAACAAGAUGUAAAAUGUCUAUAUUUCACGUGGAUGAGCAAUCCUUUCCCCGAUAAAUAGUGAUCUUGAAUUCCUGGGAGUUACUCAACACUGAAAGAUGAGAAUGAGAAUCGAAAGGGCAAUUUGUUCACUUGUUGAACAAUUGACAAAAAUUUCUGUCGA